AUGAGGAAGAAGAAGAAGCGAAGCCUGAGUAGAAAUCGCAAGCCAUGGCAAGGCAUCCUCCUAUUCGGUCCACCAGGAACCGGUAAAUCCUACAUUGCAAAGGCAGUGGCCACCGAAGCAGGCGAGUCGACGUUCUUCUCGAUCUCAUCGUCGGAUCUGAUGUCAAAAUGGUUGGGAGAAUCGGAGAAGCUGGUCAAGAAUCUGUUUGCACUGGCUCGCGAGCACAAGCCAUCGAUUAUUUUCAUUGAUGAGAUUGACUCUCUGUGCUCAGCUCGCUCGGAUAACGAAAGUGAAAGUGCGCGUCGCAUCAAAACCGAAUUCAUGGUGCAGAUGCAAGGAGUCGGACUGAAUAACGACGGAAUUUUGGUCCUAGGAGCCACGAAUAUUCCAUGGAUCCUCGACGCGGCUAUUCGAAGACGUUUCGAGAAGAGAAUCUACAUUCCACUGCCCGACAUCCACGCUCGCAAAGAAAUGUUCCGAAUCGACGUUGGCAAGAACUACAACACGCUGACAGAUCAAGACUUCAAAGUGUUGGCGGAGCGAUGUGAGGGCUACUCGGGAUACGAUAUCAGCAUUUUGGUCAAGGAUGCGUUGAUGCAACCGGUUAGACGGGUUCAAUCGGCGACACACUUCAAACACGUUUCGGGACCAUCACCAAAGGAUCCAAAUAUCAUUGUCAACGACCUGCUGUCGCCAUGCAGUCCAGGAGAUCCACACGCGAUUGCGAUGAGCUGGUUGGAUGUGCCCGGUGAUAAGCUCGCGAAUCCACCGCUUUCUAUGCAAGACAUAUGCCGCUCGCUGGCUCAAGUGAAACCCACUGUCAACAAUACGGAUUUGGAUCGUUUGGAGGCGUUCAAAAACGAUUUUGGACAAGACGGACAGGAAUAA